ACAGUGGCCAGUUCCUUUGGAGAGCUACCCGCCUGCCUGCCUGCUCGCCUGCCUUCUCUCUGCCCACCUACUAUGAGAAGCAGCUCCUCCCACCUGCCCAUAAAAGCCAAGAGCUUGUUACCAGCAGCUGAUCAGAGAGCAUUUUCACAGUCCUCUCCUGUUGGGAGCCACUGUUCUUCUCUCCUUGGAUCUUAAAGACUCCAGGUAAGAUAAUACCUCUUCAGGCAUCUGAGCCACCGGGACACAGCAGCCCCCAAGGAGGGCUGAUCUGAAACAAAACAAGAGAAGCUGUUCCUUGUGUUGAAGAGACAGAUACCAAACCCAGACCUGCUAUAAGUCAAAAACAAGUUCAUUGGUGUGCAAGUCUUCCCUCUCCCAGAGUCUAAAUGUGAUGGCUGUUCCCCUGACCCCUCUACAUCUACUGGGAGUGGUGAUCCUCAUUUAUUUCAGUUUCGUCAGGUCCAUUCAUGGCGGUGCCUAUUAUGGGAUCAAACAGCUUCCACCUCAAAUCCCACCUCAAAUACCCCAAUACCAGCCCCUGGGACAACAAGUACCUCACAUGCCUUUGGGCAAAGAUGGCCUUCCCAUGGGUAAGGAGAUGCCCCACAUGCAGUAUGGCAAAGAAUACCCACACCUACCCCAGUAUAUGAAGGAAAUUCCACAGGUGCCCAGCAUGGGCAAGGAGGCAGCUCCCAAGAAAAGCAAAGAAAUACCAUUAGCCAGCUUAAGAGGAGAACAAGGUCCCCGUGGAGAACCUGGCCCAAGAGGACCACCUGGACCCCCAGGUUUACCAGGCCAUGGGAUACCAGGAAUCAAAGGAAAACCAGGCCCACAAGGCUACCCAGGGAUUGGCAAGCCAGGCAUGCCUGGAAUGCCAGGGAAACCUGGAGGCAUGGGAAUGCCGGGAACAAAAGGUGAAAUAGGACCAAAAGGGGAAAUUGGACCUAUGGGGAUGCCAGGGCCACAGGGACCUCCAGGACCUCAUGGACUUCCUGGCAUUGGAAAGCCAGGUGGCCCAGGGUUACCAGGACAACCAGGACCAAAGGGUGAACCAGGACCUAAAGGACAGCCAGGACUUCCUGGUCUUCAAGGACCUAAAGGAGAGAAGGGCUUUGGAAUGCCAGGUUUGCCAGGACUAAAAGGUCCCCCUGGGAUGCAUGGACCUCCUGGGCCUGUGGGGCUGCCAGGAAUAGGCAAACCAGGGGUGACAGGAUUCCCAGGGCCACAGGGUCCUCUGGGUAAACCAGGCCUUCAAGGUGAACCAGGACCACAGGGCCCCAUAGGCGUACCUGGGAUUCAAGGACCACCUGGUGUGCCUGGAAUUGGAAAGCCAGGGCAGGAUGGCAUCCCUGGACGACCUGGAUUUCCUGGUGGUAAAGGGGAACAAGGACUACCUGGGUUGCCAGGACCACCUGGCCUACCAGGGGUUGGGAAACCAGGUUUCCCAGGACCUAAGGGUGACCGAGGUAUGGGAGGUCUUCCUGGAGCUCUUGGACCUAGAGGAGAGAAAGGCCCUGUAGGUCCCCCUGGAAUAGGGGGGCCCCCAGGUGAGCCAGGCCUGCCUGGCAUUCCAGGUCCCAUGGGACCUCCAGGUGCUAUUGGCUUCCCAGGGCCCAAAGGAGAAGGUGGAGCUGUGGGCCCACAGGGACCAUUGGGUCCCAAAGGUGAGCCAGGGUUACAGGGUUUUCCAGGGAAACCAGGCUUUCUUGGUGAAGUGGGACCCCCAGGCAUGAGAGGUCUGCCAGGUCCAAUUGGGCCCAAAGGGGAAGCUGGGCAUAAAGGUUUACCAGGCAUCCCGGGAGCCCCGGGGCUCAUUGGACCCAAAGGGGAACCAGGAAUCCCAGGGGAUCAGGGUUUACAAGGUCCAUCUGGAAUUCCAGGAAUUGGGGGGCCAAGUGGUCCCAUUGGACCACCUGGAAUCCCGGGCCCCAAAGGAGAACCAGGUCUACCAGGUCCUCCUGGGUUCCCCGGGGUCGGAAAGCCUGGAGUAGCAGGACUGCACGGACCCCCAGGAAAGCCUGGGGCUCUUGGUCCUCAGGGCCAGCCUGGCCUGCCAGGACCCCCAGGCCCUCCAGGUCCCCCAGGUCCCCCAGCUGUGAUGCCUCCCACACCACCAGCCCAUGGAGAGUAUUUGCCAGAAGUGGGACCGGGGAUCGAUGGAGCGAAAACCCCACAUGCCUACGGAGGCAAAAAGGGCAAAAAUGGAGGCGUGGCUUAUGAGAUGCCCGCAUUUACGGCCGAGCUGACCACACCCUUCCCACCUGUGGGGGCCCCGGUAAAGUUUGACAAACUACUGUACAACGGCAGGCAGAACUACAACCCACAGACCGGCAUCUUCACCUGCGAGGUCCCUGGCGUCUACUACUUCGCAUACCACGUCCAUUGCAAAGGGGGAAACAUAUGGGUGGCCCUGUUCAAGAACAAUGACCCCAUGAUGUACACAUAUGAUGAGUACAAAAAGGGCUUUCUGGACCAGGCGUCAGGGAGUGCUGUGCUACAGCUCAGACCUGGAGACCGGGUUUUUCUCCAGAUGCCCUCAGAGCAAGCUGCAGGACUGUAUGCCGGACAGUAUGUCCAUUCCUCUUUUUCAGGAUAUUUAUUAUAUCCCAUGUAAAGUUUUUGAAGAGGCAAGAAAAACACGAGGAAAAAAAAAAGAUCGCAAAAGAAAAAAAAAUGAAGUGAGAGAAAAACCAAACACAAAACACAUAAUUGUUUCAAAGUGUUUAUACUGUUGAAAAGUUAUAUUUAAAUGGAAGUUUGGACCGUCAUAUUUUUAAAAAGCCAAAAAACAAAAAAAAACAAUAAAAAUGCAAGUUUAAUGUUCUGCAGAGCUUGUCAUUAAAAUGACAGGAAGAAUCUAUGUAUCACAUUUCUAACAGAUGUUCUGUACCCACUGAAAUCAUAUUAGCAAAUAUACAUUAUACACUUCCACAAUACCGUGCUUUCGAAAGUUCAGUCAAAAUAUUUCAUUAUGAAGGAUCAUAGCUAACACAAGUCAUUCAUUCGUAUUGUUUACUUAAAAGUACACAAGAAUAAAUCUCAAAGAAGCAUCAAUGACCAAAAAAAAAAUCACAUGCUGUAUUUACUUGCCUCAUUUACCCCAAGUUUUCACAAGUAUAUUACUGGUGAAAGGCAGGAAGGGGGCAAUUAUGUAGCAAUACUGCCCUUGCAGAGGUAAUCUAAGGCGAUGUAUACCAUCCAGAGGAUAGCUCCCUUCCAUCAGCUGCUGGGGUUUGGGCAGUGGGAUUCCCACUUGGGGCGGGGUUGUCCCUUAGUGAGAGCCACUGAAUCUAUUAAUUAACAAGUAUUUACUAAGCACCCAGAAGAUGCUGAGAAGAUGGACCCAGCACUUCAAGAAGGGCCAUGGAAGACACAAAAGGACAAAGACGUGGGCCUGUAUCUGCAAGAUGCUUAUAAUCUCGCUGGGAAAUGAGAAUAGUGGUUAACCUGUUUAUUUCUGAAAUAUUUUUCCCCCUGAGGUUUCUUCCAUAUGCUUUGGUUCCUAUUAUUUCUUACUAGAUCUAACUAAACCAAAAAACUUGAAGUUAUUUGGGGAGAAAAGAGAUUGGGAGUCAAUGAAAUAAGUGCUCUCUACCCCACCCCCAGUAACCUUCAGACUCUGUAUAAUAUUCAUUACUAAUAGCAGGUAUCAAUUGUAUAUCAAAUGUAUAUUUAUAUAAAAAAAUAGCCACUGUGAAGCCACAGCCAGAGAGAAGACAAACCAUAAUUUCCCAAUCAUUUUUCAAUGUCAAGAGGACUUUCUUGUCUACAACAAUAAUCAUAUCAAUUCAAACUUUUUUUAAGGUUACAAAGUACCUUUUAAAAAAAACUAACUCAUUUCUUUAUACACAGAGCAAAACCCUUUAGAAUUCUAUGGGAAAAUAAACUUUUAUUUGAAAAUCAAUCUCUGAAACUUGAAAAUAAGGGCACCCACAGUUUUCUGAAGUAUGUGCUGAAACAGGAUGUCAAGAACUGUUCUUAAUGAAGUAAACUGCUGAAGACCCAAUUAUAAUUUGAGAAUAGAAACACAUUAUUUUUAUGCUGCCCCAUAGAGUAAGGGGAUGACAUACUAAAAAUUUACUGCAAACACACACACACACACACACACACACACACAUAUAUAUAUACACACACAUGCAUUUUAAUCUCUAUAUUUAAUCCAGUGUGCUUGCAAGAGAGUGUGACAAAGAAGAUAGAUGUCCUGGGAGUUAGGAAGACCUGGAUUCAAAUCCUAUUUCACACACACACACACACACACACACACACCCCUAGACAAAUUAACUUCUAAAGUUGCCACAAGUCAGCUUUAAGACUAUAAGUUGCAAAACAGUGCCCAAUCUGCACCAGUAAGAGAAACUUCUUCACUGGGAGUUAGUUUCCUACAUCAAUGAAAGUUAUAGAACUAGACCAAAAAAAAAAAAAUUUUAAGACACCUUCAACAGCUCUUAUUCCACUACUUCAAGAAUCUACAAUUUUGUCAGUGUGGGCAUCAUCUCCACUAAAAAUAGCCACUGUGAAACAUCAACUAGAAAGAAGACAAACAAUCCUUUCUCAAUUGCUUUUCUAGAUCUCAGCCCUUUUAAAGUUAAUAGAUGAUCUUCAAGAGCUGCUGCAGCCAGAAAAUCUCAUCACCCUGCAGCCAGUAUGGUGAUAAGCCUCUGCAAACAGCUAGGUUGGUCUUUAGACAAUAGACAUUAUAUGGUCCCUUAGCAGUUUCACAACUGAAGCCUUCCCAGUAUGGCAAAACCUGUCACAGCUUGCACUUCACUGGGAUAGUCUUCAAGAACCCAGAGUCACCUUCAUACCAAGAUAAGGCAUUGGAUCAGGACCUUUGUAUAAGUUUCAUUUCUUUAGAAGAUGGAAAAACAUUUAAAUUGCUUCCAAGUAGUCACCCGGAGACCCAUAGACACAUUCAACUAGCAUGUUCAUUAAGUACAGAGUUUUAAUGCAGCAUGACAAACUAUGGUGAAGGAAAUGACUUUAGGGGGUGCCUCCCCUCAAAUAUCUUAUAGAGUAUAUCAAAUAAUGAACAGACUGGUAAUUUUAUUGACUUUCCACUAUUGAUUUGAGCCUUAUCAAUAGCAAAUCAUUUCUUCUGGUCUCAAGGAAACAAAAGAGCCACUUCAAAUCUAUUUCCUUCUGGCUACUGACAGUGGUAUCCUAUGGGAUAAAUAAUGUGGAGAAUAAAAACAUUAUAUGUCCUCAAAAUUCAAAGUGUGGAAGAGAAGAAAAAAUAAGGGGAAAGUAUACAAAUAAACAUGGUAUAAACACAGUAACUUCUAAUGGGACUAGUUGUAACUAACCAGUUAACUAGCUUAACUAACUCAGAAAAAUUAUCUUGACCUGAUGUACCUUCUCUAUAUGAGGUAUAGAAGUACAGUUUCUUCUUAAGAUGACUGAAAAUAAAUGAAUUUGUUGCCAUGAAAUAACUUAUUCACUACUAGCUAAAUGCCAAAGGUUUUCAUCUAAAGAAAGCCUCAGCAUUCAUUUUCACAGCAAAUAGCAUCUGGUAGAUAUAAAGUCUUUGUGUCUAUUCUCUCAGAUGAUGAAUAAGACAAGGAUGCUGGGUUUUUUGUGGGACAAAUAAGCCACACAUAGUAUUAUACAGAUCGGUGUCCCACCUGGUAUAUGAGUAGAUAGAUUCAAAUUGACUUGAAAUAAAAUGGCCAACUGGGGCAAAUCAUUUGUGAAAUAGUAUUUCUAUAUAUGUGCAUUCCAGUUAAUUCUCCACCAAAAUGGGGAGAAAUUUCCUAAUCAGCUGAAACAAAAUUUCACUUAUCAGAAUCAUUGAUAAUAGUUGCUUCCAAACUUAUUUAUUGGUUGUGUUACUUAUUUGCCUAAAUUUGUAUAUUAGCAGGCAUAAGCUUCUAACUUGUAGAUGGUGGGGAGGGAGAGGAAAAAUCCUAUGCAAGUACUGUUAGUUCUACAAUGGUGCUAAUCUCAGAGCAAAAUGAUGAAUUAUUUCACUUAAUUUAAAAAAGAGUUUAAAAUAGUUAUCUAUAUGUCUGUGUUUCCCCUUUGAGUGUUGCAUGUUAUACUUUUACUUUGGUGUAAAAGCAGACCUAACAUGAAUCUGUUGUGAACCAUAAUCUCUAUUUAACUCAAAAUUAACUAGAAUUUGACCAUGGAAAAAAUGGACAAAACUGGCAUUACCAUUAUUUAAGUACAGAGUUUUAAUGAAGCAUGAUAACCUAUGGGGAGGGAAAUAACUUUAGUGGGUGCCUAAACUCAAAUAUCUUACAGAAUAUGUCAAAGAGUGAAAAGACUGGUAACUUUAUUGAGUUUCCACUGUAGAUUUGAGACUUGUCAAUAGCAAAUCAUUUUUUGUAUUUAAAUUUUUGUACUGAUCUGA